AUGAAUUCAUCCGUGAGGCGACGGCUCCCUAAUGUUUGCAAGAACGGGGUAGCGGACAAAAUAUGGCUGAAGACGGUUAAAGAAGACGUCGAACCGUUCUGUUGGGAAUUCGCCAUUGGAACCGUGAUUUGGUUAGCUCUUUAUGUCUCAACUGCAUCCGACCACCGAGUUUGGUCAGCUUUCGUUCAGGACGCGGCAAAUUCUUAUAACGGAGCCGGCUUAAACGAACCCGGGCGAGUACCUCAAGAAAUAGUAUCUCUUUCUCCCAUUUUCUUUUUUAUUCUCUUCUCAUCCUUGUUUUUUCGUUGUUUUUCUUCUUCGUCCUUGUCUUCUUGUUCUUGUUUUUGUUCUUCUCUUUCUGCUAUUUCUUCCCUUUCUUCUUUUUCCUUUCUUCUUCUUCUUCUUCUUCUUCCUUUUCUUCUUCAUUUUUCUCCUUUUUACCUUUCUUCUUCCCUUUCUUCUUCCCUUUCUUCUAUUUCCUUUUCUUCUCCUUUUCCCCUUUCUUCUUCUUCUUCUUCUUCUUCUCUUUCUGCUACUUCUUCCCUUUCUUCAAUUUCUUUCCUUUCUUCUUUUUCCUUUCUUCUUUUUCCUUUCUUUUUUCCUUUCUUCUUCUUCUUCUUCUUCUUCCUUUUCUUCUUCCUUUUCUUCUCCUUCUUACCUUUCUUCUUCAUUUUCUUCUUUUUCCUUUCUUCUAUUUCCUUUUCUUCUCCUUCUUCCCUUUCUUCUUCUUCUUCUUCUUCUUCUUCUUCUUCUUCUUCUUCUUCUUCUGCUACUUAA